AUGAGGCAGGCGCGCCCCCAGCCCGCGCGCCGAGCGCCAGCGGCCCCCCCCCCCCCGGCCGAGGGCCCCCCGCUCGCCCCGCGCCCGGGCCGGCAGGUGCUCCCGUCGCUGACGACCGCCAGGUGCGGGGCCCUCCCGGCUGUGGAAGCAGGUGCCGGUGCGCUGCGCGCGCUCGGCCACAGGGCGCCGGUGCUCGCGGACGAAGUUGGCGCGUCCGGGCGGACCACCUGGUUGCUGGGCAGCGGCCACGAAGAUGGUGACAAAGCCGAACUGCAGCCCUGCUGGUGGGCGGCGGGGGUCCCCGCCGGGCCUCGCCCGCACCCCGUGACCCCUGCCCGCGCCUCUGGAGAGGGCGCCAGCGUCCGGCCACGCCGGCCCUCCCGCCUCAUCCUGGGGACUGAGCUCCAGGCUCCCUCCCCCAGGAAGCUUCCCGAGGCUGCCCCCGAGGGGCUGGAAGAGGUCAGGGACUCUGCACCUGUCUCCCCAGCGCUGGGCCCCUCCUGGCCGGGUGCCCCAGAAACCUGCCUCCGAUUUGAGGACUGGCUCCCUGCCUCGGGGAAGCUUCAGGAAAGGGCUCCUGGAAAGAGGUUCCUGGGUCCUCCGUGCAGUCACUACCGGGAGCACCAGGCCCCCCCACUGCCUGCUGCCCAAUGCCGCUGCUGUUACCCUUGGUCGGAGCGUGGGCACCGAGAACACUCACGGAGAAAGUCCAGUCCCCAGGCCCGGGCCUGGUCUCCCAAGCGCCCCGCUGCCCUCCUCCCACCGCGGCUGUGGCCCUGGCCCUCUGGGAGGGGACACGGAGGCCACUCCAGGAGAGCUCCGUCGACGGCCCCAGGCCCCCUUCUGGCCUCUGGGAGGCGCUGCCCCUUCCCACCUCGGCCAGCCUUCCCUGGACGCUACCUGCCCCGACUUCCACGGUUCUUCUCCGAUCCGCUGCAGGCCUGGCUCAGCCUGGGACCUCUGUCCCCCAGCCCCGCCCCCGCGUCACAUUUCAAGGCCCUCCCGCGGAAGAAGCUCGUCUGCCUCCCAGGGCGCCUGUCCAGCCUCGGCAAAAGCCCCACCUUCCUCCUCCUGGACCGCUGCCACGUCUGCCACCAGCUCUUCAGCUUUCUGGAGUCGGAAACACCCAGGAAGAAUGACCCCUUCUCCCAGGUGGGGCCUGGGGCUAGGCACAGCAGGAGCAAGGCCUCCGGACUCCCCAGAGCACCCAGGUGCCUCCGUGGGGGGCCACCCCUCCCCCUGGCUCCCCUGCAGGGCUCUCAGGAAGAUCAGCGUGGUUCACGGAACUCUGGGGGAAGGGGAUUCCUCCUGCAACUGCAGAAAGGCGCCAAGAGCUAUCGGGAGGGUUGGGAAGGAGCAGGCGAAGACUGGCUGCGCCAGUGGGGGAACGUGUGCCUGGCCACGCGUCCAGCCCCUGCCCCCAGCAGGCACCGAGCCACACCCUGCACUCGUGAUCCUGUGGAUUCAGCUUCCUGGCACCACCUGCCCUGAGAGGCAGGGCCACACAGCCAAGGUCCCCAGCCACAGUUCACAGCACCCUGUGGCGGGCGAGUAGGAGUCCAGGCUGUGUCCGGCCUCUGGCAGCCCGCCACAGGACUCUGGUUUGGGAGGGGGCCCAAGCUGCCUUGAUGGGGGCCCCUGUGGCUGUCCACCGAGUGCCUCUCUUCCCCUCAGCCCCGUGUGGGGCAGUGGGGCCUGAGGGGACCCCGACGGGUGGGCUGGCCCCCACCUUCCUUCUGCUCAGUUGCACGGGGGGGCAGACAACACCCUUUAGUGGAUGGAGCAGGGGCCUCGGCUCCUUCUGGGGGUCCUGGGCCUGGCAGGUUGGCAAAGCGGGCAAAGAGUGAGCAGAGCCCAGUGGCCCGGAAAGAGGGAUGUGAGCGGGCUGGGCGGGUACGAGGGUGGAGGAGCGAGGGGGGUCAGGGCACGGCCCCUCGGUCCAGAGAGCCCGAGGCCAGGAGGAGCAGAGGGCUGAGCCCGCAGUUCGGACCCCCUGCCUUGCUCCGGGUGGCCCAGAGCCAGGACUUGGCAUCACGGGCCAGGAGGCCACGCAGGAGGUCUGUGCGGGCCCCAUCCCUGCUGGGGUGAGCGGGUGGCGUUGGUGACGCUCUGUGUGGAGUGGAGGCUUAGAGGGCGCCCCAGCCACAGAAGCUCGGUGUUCUGCUCCUCGGCGGGUCACUGGACAGGGGGAAACAAGCUCCCUGGGGUUGGGGUUCUCUGUCUGGAGCCACAUGGAGCACCUGGCCUUCCCCACAAGGCGGAGCAGAUACCGUGCCAGGCCUCUUGGCUCCAGGCGAAUCCUGGAGCUUCUCCCCCCAGUCCAGGACACUGGGGCCCUGAUGGGCCGGGGGUGCUUGCCCAGCCCUCUGGGGUCCUCUCCCACCUGCCUCCCGGUGGCCUAUGCAUCGCAGGACAGGAUCCCACCCAGCACAGCAGCUCCCCGGCCUUUCUUGUCAUCUUAGCCCAGUGCCUGUCUCCUGGGGGCCACUUACCGUACUCGGCCCUCCGCACACAGCUCUUCCCCGUGGCGCCUCUUCCACCUGCUAAAGCCCGAGGCAGCCCCUUGUCUUGGCUGGAGCCACCCCUGGUCCCCACACUCCCCCAGGAGCCCCUGAACAGCGGAUCAGGCCCCUGCAGGUGGCACUCCCUCUCGCCUGGCAGAGCCCAGCGGGCACGAGGACCCCCUGGGCCCGAGGGUGUCCGCACUGAGGGUAUGUGAGGUCAAGCUCUCCAAACCCAGACCCUGAGAUGGGUUCCCAUUCAAGACCUCGCCUCAGGAUGCUCCAGAGGCCAGGGACGGAGUGGGCACCAGGCAGGGCAGAGGCCUCUGGACCUCACGGGCCUCUGGAGGGGAAGGCACGGCCCAGAAUCUUCCUGGUCUGGAGCUCUGGUCAACCACUGCAGAGGACCAUCCCGCUCUCUGCCCUCGGUGGCCAAGUGGCUCUGACGGCCUCAGGCCGAGCGCCCAGGAGCGGCGGGGUCAGGCCCCUGACACAGUCUGCACGGGAGCGCCCCCAGGGGUGGUUCCGAGUCACUUCAUAUAAUGUCUUACGGCUGGAAACGUUUCCAAGUUGCAUUAUUUUUGCAAAAAUAGAAGGAGUUUUAAAAAAGAGAAGGAGAGAGAGAGAGAGAGAGAGAAAGGGAGGAAGAAAGGGAGGGAUCAGGAAGAGGCCGGCAGGCUGCAACUAGCACAGGCCUGCUGGGGAGCCCCGGGGGCCAGGGUCUGCUACACCACCUUCAUUUGACUAUAACUUUUUACAUACAUUUUUGUAACAUUUAGAAAUAAAUUUGGUGGAAUUAACAAAAAGAUCUCCUUCCUCACCUCACCUCACAAGAAGUGAGGAGGUGGUGGCACCGGAGUCCACUCAGUGGCUCCAGGAAGUGAGGGCCAGAGCCCUUCCCUUAUGGGCUGCAGGGUGGCUGCAGCUGGUCCAGCCAUCACGUCCACGUCCCGGGAGCCGUGACAGCUGUGCCUGCCCUUUUCCUCAGGGACGCAGGGUCAUCCGCGAAGCAUGAGUCUCAGGCCAGCCCCCAGUUGUGAGGCAGCCUGGAAAGGGAGCAGAUGCGUCAGACUGCUUUAGAAUGAACGUGCCUCACCGAGGGUGGGCACAAUGCUGCUCUGAACAAAUGGCUGGGGUGAAAGGCCCCUGCAGGGCCUGCCAGCUGGGUGCCCCCUCCGUUUUCCUGACAUCACGCCCCUCACACCGCCCAGGGCUGGGCCGCGAGUGGAUCCCAGUCUCCCUGUGGCCACACAUCUGCCCCAUCUCAACGCCCACCCACCCUGCCUCCACAACACCCCCUCCCUUCUCCCUCUGCAAGGUGCCUCCUGUGGGGUCCGGGCGGGUGGUCCCCACCCCAGGUGUGGAUUCUGGCUGCAGCAGCCCCACCCUGACCCCCUGGGGGAGGGAGCGCUCCCGUAGGUAAGUGCCCUUGGAGAGCUACGCAUGCCCUGUGGAGUCUAGUCUGCCGGGCUGCGGCUCCUUCCCAGCCAAGGGGCACUGACUGCACCCAAGGCCCACUCAGCACAGUGCUGGGUGCUGUUUAGGGUUCAGGGUGCAGCGAGUCCCUCUGCCGGCCUUGGCCACCACUGUGUGCCCAGGGCCCAAGAGCCGUGCCUCUGGCAUGCAGGAGAGGCAGCUCUGCGUCCAGGCUUUGGAGGGGCAGCCUGCUCGGCUCACUCCCUCGUCAGGAGCUGUGUGAGUGUCCCUGGCUGCGCAGCACCGGCUCUGUCCCGGUUUGCACUCUGAGGACAGCACUGGGGCAUCCAGGCUGCAUGGCCCUCUGGCUCCGCAUCGCCUGCUCCUGCCCUUGGCCUGUUUCUAUGGGGGUUCCUGUCUUCUUUUUAGAUUUGCUGAAAUUCUUUGUAUCUAAAUGUUGGGCCCUUGCCAGAUUUAAACACUGCAGACAUCUCUUAAUCUGCUGUGUCUACUUG